GACGUAAGCUCGCACUUCAGUUCUGGAGCGACUUCUGUGAGAUCCAACAAGGUCGUGUUGGCUGCUUUUUUGAAGAGAACGUAAUUUACGUCUUGCAGACGGCACCUUUAUAGUUGUACCAAGGCAUCAAAAAGAAGAUUUCUCUUUUUCGAUGAUCAGUUCAUCAGUUCCGGUUUUUGAGCACCAUAUUUUUUGUGAGCAGAAUAUCUGUACUGGGUGUAUUGAUAAAUUCUAGAAUAAAUAUAAACAUUUAGAAUACUCAAUUUAAAGAGAUUUGUAUUUAAUUGUGACAACUGAAUCUAACAGAAAGGAUGACUGAAACCAUCAAACAGAUAAUAAAGAUAAGCAGAGGUGAUCCAGAACAGAAGAAAGGAAAGACACUGAGGGCAGUGAAAUCUUGCCUAAUGUGCUUGGCUUCAUAUUGUGAUGAGCAUUUGGAACAACCUUAUCAGAAAGCAGACAUCAAUAAUCGUUUGAUACAGGAUGGACUGAAAGAUGGGCUGUGCAAGCAGCAUGAGAAGAUCAUACAGUUCUUCUUUUUAACUAAUCAGGCCCACAACUGCAGGAUAUGCUUUGAGUCAGGUCCUCAUCCUCUGCUAUACGUAAACAAAAUAAAAAAAAAGGAUGCACUAAGCUUGGAAAUGUCCACCCUCACAUCUGAUGUGAAGGGGUCCUCAGAAAAUGUCUUCAAUGCUUUAAAGUUAGAAGUGGAAAAAACAGAAGAAAAGAAAAUUUCUGAAGAGUCAGAUAAUGAGUCACAUUAUGUGAAGCUGAAAGACAACCCUGAUGUGUAUUCAAUUGUAAGCAAACCAGAAGAUCAACUUCCUGAUAAAAAAGAGGAAGAAAAUUUUUCAGAAAAUGAGCCUCAAUAUAUGAAGCUGAAAGAGAAUUAUAGUGAAAUAUAUGCAACUGCAAAAACAGCAGAAGAUCCACUUCUUGACAAAAAACAGGAAGAGAAAUCUUCAGCUAGAAAACCAUUUUAUAACUCUGUUUGUUUCUACAAGUGGACCACUAUAAGCCUAGCAGUACUUUGUUGUGUGCUCCUGUUGAUUAUUAUUGGCAUCAGUGUUCAGUACUAUAACAAAAGAAAUGAACCUUGCAUUGAUGUUUCACAAAAACAUACUGAGCCAGCUAUAUGUAAGACAGUUGAACAAGACUUCAAGAACCACCCACAUGUUUCUUCAAACUCUACCCGCCUGACUGUCCUAUUGAAGAACAUGUUGAAUGGGAGUAAUUUACCCAGAUACUGUAAUGGCGAGAUUUGUGAGUUUUGUCCAAAUGGCUGGAUAUAUUACAAUCAUAAAUGCUACUUUUUUUCUAAAAACAUGUUAAACUGGAGUAAUAGCCAAGAGCACUGCAAGUUGACUGGUGGCUGUUUGGUCAGUAUUCAAGAUGGGAAGGAACAGGAUUUCAUCACACAAGAGGCAAAACGUAUAGGAGGUUUCAUCUUUUGGAUUGGCCUUUCCAAAAACAGCACAUCUGAAGAGUGGAGUUGGGAAGAUGAUACAAAAUUGAAAGAAGGGUAUUGGAAAAAUAGUUCAAGUUACCGUGAGAAGCUCUGUGCAGCAAUACACCCACAAGUGCAAAACCUGAAUAACUGGAGCAAAUCAAUGUGUUAUAUUGUUAGUCGGAGAAUCUGUGAGAUUGAAGCUUUGCCUAUGUAGGGCCAGACUUAACAGCAAAGUGCUUUGUCUUAUCUUUAAUUUACUUCUGUAAUGCUUCUUAGCCAUGAACUACCAAGAUUAUGACAAUAUAUUGUAUUAUUAAUGAUGAUGCAUUUACUAGUAGAUUUAAUAUUUACUUUCAUGGUGUAUUUGAGGUAAUGCCUUAUGGGCACAUUGAACAAGAUGCAGUACAUACAGCAUGCUGUCUUGGAAUUUAUUACCACUUACAACAUUUGCAAUACAUCAACUGUAGCUUUUUUCACUGGCAUAAUAAUUUAAAAUAAUUAUUUGAUAAGAAAAAUUAUACCUUGUACAAUUAAACAUUGUGAUAAUUAAACAUUACUGAUAGCAUUAUCAGAAUUUAAUUAACUUUAAUAAGUCUAAGCCAUCAGUCAUCUAGCUCAACAAAUUGUUUCUCAUGUUGAAAGGAUUUUUUUUUUUUGCAAUGCAACUUACUGACUAACUGCAUAUGUUGUCCAUAAUUACCAGUAAUUACAGUGAUUCCUUGCAUUACAUUUAUGAAAACAAUGUAACAGGUGCAGUCAGACUUAUUUUCAUGGUCCAUGUCAGGGAAAACAGAACUGGAGUAGAAAAUGUAUGACUGAAUAGACUGUCAGCAACCAUUUAUUUGUGAUUAUAUUUUAAUAUAUUAAUAAGUCAGACCAGUUUUAAAAGAAUCUUCAAAAGGUUUUGGUUUAAGUUGAUAUAAAAGCUGAACAGAACUGCAUAUAGCUUUUUCAUCAAUCUGCACGUAGUUUGACCUGGCUUCUUGGAGGAAGACAGCACCUAAACCAUGCUGUGUUGCAUCCACCCAUAGCCAAAGCUCUUUGCUUGGGUCAUAUGUAAGAAUUGGACCUGGUUCCUCUGUAAUCCGUCCUUUCACGUGCUCUCAAGUGCCUUAUGAUGCUGUGCUUCUCGGACAAAUGCAUCGUCCUGCUUCAAGAGCUGCUUCAAUGGAGCAUUUACUUCUGAAAGUUUAGGAGUAAAUUUGGCCAGAUAGUUAACCAUUCCCAAUAUUGUUACUAAUUCUGCUUUGUUUACUCAUCUUUUAAUUUACUUCAUUGGCUUGAUUUUAUCUGGAUCUAGCUUGAGCCCAUCUCUAGUACGUUUGUGGCCAAAGUAGUUCACUUCCAACACACAGGUCUUUUCUGAGUUUAAUUUUAUUUCUUUUUCUCUUGAUCGCUGUAGCAUUGCUCUGAGAUUUUGGUCAUGUUCUUCCUUUGUGCAACCAUGUAUCAGUAUGUCAUCAACAAUAACAAACCAUACCACUAAGGCCUUCAUAUGCUUCAUUAAUUCUCUUUUGAAACUCAUCUUGCACAGAAACAAUCCCAAAAGGCAGCCUAAAAAAACCUUAGUAGGGAUGCUUUAUGAAUCAGUUUUAUUGCUCAAUAUCCUGACAUAGCAUCUAGGACAAAAAAAAACUGUGAUUCAACUAACUUGGGUACAACUUGUUCCAGAGUUGGUAGUGGAAAAUGUGGUCUGGAUCGUUUUAUUAAGGUUACAAGGGUCUUGGCAUAAUUGAAGCUUUUGUGAUUUGGGCUUCUCUAUCACCACUAAGGAGUUUACCCAUUCUGUUGGUUCCAUUACUUUGGCAAUAGUUCCAGCUCUUUCCAUGUCAUCUAAUUCUUGCUUUGGCUGAUCUCUAAGUGCAAAGGGGAUUUUUCUAGCGGGGCAUAUGACAGGAACUGCUUCUGGUUUCAGGCGAAUAUUGCAUUCCCAUGAGAAGUGACCAAUAUCCUGGAAACAUCUGAAGAUUCAUCUAAAAUGUGAUGGCCAUCGGAUGGGGCUUCACUGAUUGACGUGACUAGAUUUAUUAGCUUCAUGUCGAGGCAUGCCUAGGAUUGGUUGGGCAUUUGAAUUCACAAUGUAAAAUUCCAAAUUGACUGUUUUUUUGUUUCUUUGUACUGUAUUUGCACCUUAGCUCAUAUGUGCUCUUAAAAUCCCAUACAUCACCUCCAGACCCUACAUGUCGGUGUAUAGUCUUCUUUAUUGGAAUAUGCUGGACCAUUAUGGAGAAUGCAUUUUCUGUUAGUAUGAUCACCUGUGUCUCUGUGUCCAAGUUGAAUUUUAUUUUCUGAUUCAUUCCUACUUCAUGUCAACAAAUAUCUGUUCACAGACUAAAUUUGCACUUUCAUUUGUGACAGUGUUAAUGUAAAGUUCAUCAUAUGAUUUGACCACUAUACUCUCUAGCAACGUAUGUACUGGUUUUCCUUUGUAUCUUGUCUGCGUCAUGUGCUCAGUUCUACAUACUCUUGCAAACUGCUUUAACUCCUUGCAUUUACUACAUUGCUUUCCUUUUACUGGGCAUGCAUAUGUGUCUUUGUGUUCUUUUGCACAUUGUUCACAUGGCUUGCUUCCCUUGGUUGCCUCUAUGUCUUUUUUUUUCUAGUGGCUGCUGCUUUGCACUACACUUAUUUACAGCUUAUAGCAUGUACAGAAUGUCUGCCACUGACCUUGCUAUCGACCAUCGUUUUUAAUUCUUCCUGCGCUGAUUCGUGUGAACACACAAUGUCUAUUACAUGUUCCAACAUUAACUCUGCAUAACAGCUUUUCAAGAACCUUGGGUGAAUUAGUAGUAAAGAUAAUGUGAUCUCUGACCAUUUCACCGCUGUCUACAUAAUUAAGAGUUCUUUACCAACAGUUUCAACUCCGUUAGGAAAGGUUCAAUGGUUUAUCUGUCACCCUGCAUUUUUUCAUGGAAUAUGCACUGCGCAGAUAUUGGGUUGGCUUUCGGUACUCAGAAAACUUAUCAUAGUAUGUUUGCAGUACCUUAGCUCGUUUGACAAGGUCCAUGUAUUGAAGAUAUCCUGUCCUUUUUCUCUGACCCAUAAAAGUAGAUAGCUGCUUUUUUCUGCGUCAGUCAUAAUUUCUGAGUGGUCUUAUAAACAUCAGCUCCACGUGUUUCUGAAAAUGCUGCCAGGCUUCAAGCAAAUUGGAGGACUCCUGGGCCAUCUGCAGCGAAUGCAUGCUGGCAUUUCAGUGAGCUCGACCCUUUAUUCAGAUAUCUUGUCUUGUUUCCUUAUUGGAUAUUUAUAGAUAUUUUUAUUGAGGAUAGUCACACAACAGGCUCCAU